AUGACAGCGAACAAGGAGUCCUCACCAAUUGUGCAAACAACUCAUGGUAGUGUAAGAGGUGCACUGCAUCAGACGCUCUACGAUGACUCCUAUUACGGAUUUGACGGCAUACCAUAUGCCAAGCCUCCGCUGGGCGAGCUACGCUUUAGAGCACCACAAGAUGUGGAGCCCUGGAAGGACGUGCUCGAUUGCUCGCAGCCCAGAGACAAGUGUCUGCAGUUAGACUUCGAUUCGCAGCUGGUGCAGGGCAAUGAGGAUUGCCUUUAUUUAAACAUAGCAGCGAAAACGUUGCAUAGUGAGAAGCCUUUACCCGUCAUGGUCUACAUUUAUGGUGGUGCCUUUAAUGAAGGAGAUGCAUCGAGCCGCGCCUGGUCACCGGAUUACCUGAUGCACGAAGAAGUCAUUUACAUUAGCAUUGGACAUCGCGUGGGAGCAUUUGGAUAUUUGAGCUUUGCGGACCCUACUCUGCAAAUACCCGGAAAUGCAGGUAUCAAGGAUUUACUGCUAGCACUGAAUUGGAUCAAGGCCAAUGUGAGCCGUUUUAAUGGGGACGCUGAGAAUAUUACGCUCUUUGGUCACAGUUCCGGCAGCACGUCAGCGCAUCUGCUGAUGCUCACUCCACAAGCUGAAGGACUCUUUCACAAGGCCAUACUCAUGGCAGGAUCUGCAAACACAAUGCUGCACUUUUCUAACAUGGAGUAUCGUGUGGCAAAGCACUUGGGCUACUCCGGCGACAAUGAAGACGUGCAAGUCUUUGACUUUUUGAAUAACGCAGAUCCAAGACUGUUGGCAGCUGCAGACGUUUGGACUGCAUCAGAGCUCCUCCAGAAUCCAAUUUUAAAACAAUUUGUGCCCUGCGUGGAGCCAUAUGUAACAUCCACUGCUAUACUUACAACCGAGCCGGGAGAACUUCUCGGUUCAACUUGGAGCAAUCGAAUACCAAUCAUGUUGGGCAGCACCAGCAUGGAGGCACUUAAUCUACACUACUUCUUACAGAAAGACGAAAAGCUGCUGCAGGACUAUACUAAGCAUCCGGAGUAUUUGCUACCGCGAACGUUACAGCUGCACUGCAACAGCGAACAGCAGCAAGAGCUGAGCCAAGCGCUCAUCCAGAAACUGACAACAGGCCAUUAUCAUCCGUUUGCAAAUCUUUCAACUCACAACUAUUUGCACGCCCAGCACUGUCUGAUUAAUGCUCGCCUGGCCUACAGCCAAGCAGACAACUAUCUCUAUCGAUUCGACUUUGAUUCAGUGGAUUUUAACAUGAUCCGCAUACGCUUUAAUGGUGCUAAAGCUCGUGGAGUUGCUCACGGGGAUGAGUUGAGCUACUUGUUCAAGACGCCCACCUCAUUUAGGUUAGACGAGUCCAGGGCGGAGUAUGCGACUAUUUGGCGCUUUGUGGCCAUGUUUGUGGAGUUUGCUCGCCGAUCAAAUCCGAAUGCGCCGCUCACACAACACCUGGUGAACUGGAAGCCUGUUUCGCGAUCUGGUGGCCGCAUGUGCUUAAACAUUAACGAGGACUUGAAGUUUAUUCCACAGCCAGAACAUGAAAAUUUGGAAUUUUAUGACCAAUUGUACAAAGAGGUUGGACUGGAGCAAUACGUUGAGUUGUCUAUGGAAUAACCCUCUACCAUACUGAAGGGAUCGAUUGGUUAUACUUUUAGUACCUUCGACCACAAUUAACCAAUUAAAUACAUACGCUUGUAAGCAUAAGUAUCACAAUAUAAAUAAUUUCUUCUUCGUAUAGUUUAAUCUACAAUUAUGAGUCA